UCCAUUUUCCAAAGGAGCGGGGGAGGAGGAGGCCGCGGUGUGUACAAGAGGUUUUGACUGAAGAAGAGGAGAGAGCAAUAAGAAUAGAAAACGCAGAAAUGUUCCGAGAGUUUUCCCACAGAUUUUGGAUGCAUAACGAAUUCGGUGGCAGAUUUGGAGAACUUGGAUGGGCCGCCAAUACCGUGGCGGUUCUUCUCCUUAUCCUGGCAUUUCAAUUGGCUGUCAAAACUAGGUUCUGGUUAGGGUUCCAAUCAUCGUCAUCCUCAUCAUCCUUCUUCCGCAAUAUCUGGUUCAGAUCCAUCUCCGUCGUGUCUCUUUUUACUCCUGCUACUGGUAAUGACUCCAAGACUUCCGAUUUUACCCGUUCUUCUUGCCCUUCUAAGUCUACUGAACCUCAAAUUCGAAUUUCAGAGAUUAUAUCCGACUUGGAUCUGAAGAGUUUAAUUGACAAUUUGGAUGAGAACUCUCAUGAAUAUCAGAAAUGGGAUAAUGUCAUAGACAGACAAAACACUCUACUUGCUUACAGCGCAAAGUGCUGUAGACCAAAGGAUGGUCCUUUGAAAUAUUUAAGUUUGACAACUUUUGAGAAUUGCUCUGCUGAGGUGCUGAGAGAUUUCUACAUGGAUAAUAAUUAUAGAAAGAAAUGGGACAAGACCCUGAUUGGGCAUGAGCAGUUGCAGGUAGAUGAAAGUAAUGGGACUGAAAUUGGUCACACAAUCAAAAAGUUCCCACUCUUGACCGCAAGAGAGUAUGUAUUAGCUUGGAGAAUGUGGGAAGCAAAAGAUGGAACCUUCUACUGCUUCACUAAGGAGUGUGAUCAUCCUUUGGUCCAAAGACAGAAGAAGUAUGUGCGGGUUGAGUUCUUUAGGUCUGGUUGGCGAAUCCGGAAAGUACCGGGCAGAAAUGCUUGCGAGAUCAAAAUGGUGCACCAGGAGGAUGCAGGUUUAAAUGUGGGGGUGGCAAAGUUGGCCUUUGCAAAAGGAAUAUGGAGUUAUGUCUGCAAGAUGGAUGAUGCACUACGCAAAUAUUCUGCCACCAACUAUCCCCAAUCUUGUUUCCGGAUGGUAACUGCAGUCACCCUUAUUCAGAAGGUCCCAGUUGGAUUUGAUACCGUAACCAACAACGUAUCAGGAGGAGGCCCAGCUUCCAAUAUAAUAAGAAGAAGAUGUUCCAAUUCUCGAAUGGAAAUGGAAACGGAAACGGAAGGGGAAGGCAAUGAAAAGGAGAAAUUCUCAAAGAAAUUUAUUAUAGGCAAUGGAAUUAUUUUCCUUGGUGGUUUGAUCUGUGUGUCGCGGGCUCCCUCUUCUAGCUUCGGUGCAAAGCUUGCCAUGGCUUACAUCUUGACCAAAUUGACCAAGCGAUGUGCUCCAGCAAGCAAACCAUAAAUAGCAUCAGUGUGUGUGUGUCCCAACGGUUUUCCGUCAUUGGUAUACACAUUUAUAGUAAUUUGGUAUGUACCAAAAAAUAGCGUAGGGGCAUCUGUAAGUUGGAUGAGGCAACUGAUUGUGCAGUUAAAUAAGUAUCAGUUGCUUCUUUUGCUCCCCUUCAUCAGUAUUAAUGACGGGGGAUUGUAAAUUUUUUUUUUUCCAAGGUCUGUAGGUUUUU